AUGAUUCUACCGUGGGUCAAACCUUUGAGCUUUACGGCCCUAAGACACUCGACUGCCGAGAUUGCGGAGCUGGUCGACCGGGAAAUCCACAAGAAACGCCGCCACAUCAACCUUCCCAAGCCUGUCCUGAAGCUCAUCGCCCAAGCCCUCAACCGCUACGUUUGGUGGCACACCACCUCCGCCGAUGAGGUUGAGCGUGAAUUCCACGACCAAGUGAUUGACCCAACUGCCAAGACCUUCAAGGAUCUGGGCAUCGAGCCAGUCGACUUGGCCGACCUUACUUUCCACUACCUGCAAAUGUACCGUAGCGCUUCCUACUACGACCUGCCACCUGCCACUGAGCGUGAGCGUCGUGAGGAGAAGAAGUACGUCCACGUUCUGGACAACCAGUAG